AUGGAGUCCAGAACCAGGGGCCAGGAUAACGUGCUCCAAGCAGCCAGGAGUCAGCGGCGCUUUGUCCUGUCCCAGAGGGGGAAAUGGAGGGGGAGGGGAGAAUGGGGGGAUUACGGAUGGGUGAUGCCCGAGAUAUGGGUGGGGGUGGUGGCGGACAAGGCCUACCUGGAGAAGGCCAUGGGCUACUUCUGGGCCAAGUACCAAGAGCCGGUCUUCGUGGUGACCAGCAACGGGAUGCAGUGGUGCUGGGAGAACAUCGACGCCUCGCGGGGGAACAUGUAUUUCUCGGGGGACGGGAAGGAGUUGUCGCCGGGGAGGGACUUUGCUCUCUUGGUCCAUUGCAACCACACGAUCAUGACCAUCAGGACCUUCGGCAUCUGGGCUGGUUACCUGGCUGGGGGGGAGACUGUCUACUUGGCCAACUACACGCUCCCCGACUCUCCCUUCCUCAAGAUCUUCAAGCCUGAGGCUUCAGAUACAGGCCUGAGAUGUGCGUACAAACAGGAUAUCACAUUCAGCCAAUCGUCGCCUUUCUAAUGAUACCUCACAUGCCUUGUCUCGCACAAAAUAGGUCACA